AUGUCAACAUUUCCAAUUCCUGCAAACCCUGCGACUCGAUCUCAAGUUUUGCCUGUUGAGGUUGUUGACUUGAUCAUCAACCAAGUCAUGCUCCAAAUCCCUGUUAUCCCUUCCAAUGCUGCGAACAGCGCCGACAUUCCAUCCCUUCGUCACGAGUACAUCACACGACUCUUGCGAUCUCGCUCAUUGGGCCGAACCUGGAACAACGCCAUUAUCCCCCUUGUUUUCAAAAACUUACGCUUAACUCGUGAUCCCGAAACCCUCGGCUUGAUCGAAAUGUGGUCAAAAUGCUUCCUGACCCCAGGUCUACCACAACUUUGUCAUCCCUUUCUUGACGGCAUUUGGUACACGCUGCCUUCCUUCAAAUCGUUGCCGGGGACUGUUUUAAGUUGUUCGACAUUGUCAUACGCUUGCAGCAUCUUGCCAGAGACCGCCGCGUCUCUCAUUAACCUAUGCGGUCCCACCCUAAUCACGUUGAAAUUGUGUUUCGUCGAGAUUGUUGGCUUUUCUCCUGCGCUUACCAGUGCGAUCCAUAAAAUUGGGAACCUACAAACUCUCUUGAUCCAGGGCUCUGGAUCGCCCCACAUAAUCCACGAUCACGAAUCUGUCAAAACCCUCCUAGAGGGCACUGGAUCUUUAAAGUCAUUAACGAUUAGAUUUGCCUCAUUGCCAUCAUUACAUCUCAGACAAGGUUCCCUUUCGAAUCUGACACACUUUUAUAUCUCCUGCUCUCGCAAAAAUCUUUGCGCUGCGAUUGAUAUAUGUCGCGAAGAGGAAAGAUUAAUUGACACCCUCGAGUUAUAUCCCCCAAGCAAUCCGGAUUUGACUGCGGGCGUUGCUUUUGGCCUCGCUACAGCACUCAAAGUACUAUUCAUAAUUUCAAUCCCCGACCGUGUCCCACAUGGCAUGCGAAUGCAUGUCUUCCCCAACCUCAAGGUACUGCGCAGUGAGUACUCCAAUUUGGAAAAAGAAAACCUCAAGUGGUUCAAAUGGCCUAUGCUCGAAACCAUUGAGGUCCUGGUGGCUACCUAUUGGUCUGGCAACCGUUACUGGCGUACCGUGCUGGAGGGAAAUCAUCCCGCGACUUUCACCGUGCCACCAAAGUUGAAACACAUCGUCUUUACGACCCCUGGAAGUGAUCAAAUACGAGAUCCAUUCUUGGUUGACGCUUUUGACGUGAUCGGCAUUAAAUGCCACUUUUUGGCGCCGAUGAACCGUGUCCAAAUCUUGUGUUCUCAUGACAAACGCCUAUUACAUCAAUUUGUACCAGUUACUACUUACACCUGCCAUGUUAUUCAGAGCCCAACAAAACCUCCUACCUAUGCUUUUGUCAAUCGACUUCUUACAACCCAACAUGAUUUCGUGAACCGCGCCUACCAUCUUGCCGGGCCAUUGGCCGUGCGGCAAUCGUUGUGGCUUAUGAGUACUUGA